AUGGCAUUUUUUUAUAUACUGUCAGUGAUACUGCUGGUGAUUUUUACUGCUUCAUUCAUAACAGCAAUUACGACAACAAUUCAAUCUGACUACUCCAAUGUCAGUAUCCCUCCUGGAGUGAAUCAUCCUGGAAAGCUUCGAAUGGUCCUUGCUUUUAUGAUUAGUACAUCUGCUAUGGGGAAGAUUUUGGAGAAGAUGGGGGUGUGCACAAAGAUCGCCUUCACCCGCUACAUGCGCUCCGGGAGGAAGCUGGGGCCGGACCCGCAGCUCUCGCUAGUGGACGCGCGGUUUGGCCGGGUGCCGGUGAGGCUCUACCGGCCCCGGGCGCCAUCUGCCGGCCUGCGGCCGGGCGCCAUCUUCUUCCACGGCGGCGGCUGGCUGUACUGUAGCAUCGACUCCCAUGAAAACAUCUGCCGUUACAUCGCCAAAGAAAGCGAGUCGGUGGUUGUGUCUGUUGGGUACCGUUUAGCUCCUGAACACAAAUACCCUGCUGCGUAUGAAGACUGUCUUAAUGCUACCAUACACUUCAUGAGGAACACAGAGCACUAUGGGGUGGACCCUGCCCGUAUAAGUGUCUGUGGGGACAGUGCAGGGGGCAAUCUAGCAGCUGCUGUUAGCCAGACCCUGGCAGGUAGAUCAGACCUCCCAAAGCUACGUGCUCAGAUCUUGAUCUACCCAGGCCUUCAGGCACUGGACUUCAAUUUACCAUCCUAUCAGCAAAAUCGGGGAGUCCCUCUCUUAUUCCGAGAACGUGCUGCUUUUUUUGCUUUGCAGUACCUAAAUGGGGAUGCAUCACAUAUGCAAGAAGUCUUGAAGGGCUCUCAUAUUCCUCCAGAUAUGAGGAUGAAGUACAGGAAGUGGGUGAGUCCAGACAACAUCCCUGAAAAAUUUAAGGCCAGAGGCUACAAACCACACAAACCUCAUGAAUUCAAGGCUGAAGUUUUUGAGAAAUUUGAAAGGAUUUUUGAGCCCAGCCUGUGUCCCCUGCUAGCUGAAGAUGCUGUUAUUCAGCAGCUGCCAGAGUCUUUCAUCUUGACUUGUGAGUAUGAUGUGCUGAGGGACGACGGCUUGCUGUACAAGAAGAGACUGGAGGACAAUGGAGUUCGAGUGACCUGGUACCACCUUGAGGAUGGAUUCCAUGGAAUCAUGAGCCUAUAUGGUUAUCGUGUUUUGAAAUUUCCAUCUGCAAAAAGAGGACUGGACAGAAUUGUUAAAUUCCUAAAAGGCCUGUAGAAACAACUUUCAUUGGUUAUGUUUCUCUAUCUGAGAAAUCAGUGGAUGUUCCCAAAUCUUGGAUAGUAAUUGUCAGCAAAAAUGUGAUACCCCUUGGUGUAAAAAUAUCAAUUUU